UCCUCUUUCAUCGUUUCAUUACUGUCUGGUCUCCCUCAAAACCACUUUAAAAUCCACUCAGAGGUCAAUCAAAAUCUAAGAGGCCAGCUUCGACCCAACCGUUGUGAUUUCGCACGCCGUUCUCCUCAGAAACGUGAACAUGUGUUCGAACGGGACUAACUCGUGCAUAACCACUGCUCUCGAACCUUCGAACCGGUACCUGGCGUCGGCCGUGGUCUAUGGCCUGGUCCUGGCCGUGGGUCUACCGCUCAACACGUUGUCCCUGUGGAUCCUGCUGCGCACUCACGGGGUCCGGUCACCGUGCGCCGUGCUCAUGGUGAACCUUGCCGUGUCCGACCUGUUCCUCGCGCUCUCCCUGCCGCUGCGCGUCUACUUUUACGCAACGCUCCGGUGGCCGUUUGGAGCGGCCACAUGCACCGUUGCCUUAAUGGUGUUUCGCGUGAACAUCAGAACGAGCUGUAUCUUCAUCACUUUAAUCAGCGUGGACCGGAUGAUCGCCGUCGCCUGCCCUCUGCGCUCCCGGUCUUUGAGAACCUCCGGGUGCGCGUUGAAGUGCUGCGUGGUCGUGUGGAUCCUCAUCACCAUCCUUUGCAUCCCAGAGAUUAUAAGACUCUACGGCGCCCUGAAGGGGUGUCCAAACAUACCGUGCUUUGAGAUUCAAGCGCUCUCCAAAAGCUCGCGAGUCUUCCCGCUCUCACAGGCGAUAUUUUUAUUAGUACUCCUUCUGGUCAAUAUCGUCUCCACGGUCGUGGUCGUAAGCGUACUGAGGAAGCGUCCCAGCGCUGGAGCGGCCAAGGUGAACAACAAAAUGAACGUGAUACUGAUUUUUGUAGUCAACAUGUUAGUGUUUAUUAUAUUUUUCCUGCCGUUUACUUUACAACUCUUGACGUACAAUGAGAGCAAUUGCGGCGAGACUAUACUAGCGCUCGUCUGCCUGGCGAGUGUCAACUGCUGUCUGGAUCCGCUCAUCUACUACUUCUCCCUGGACUCGUUCUGGCAGGACAAGGGUAAAAGACAAACGGAUGUAGGCAAUUAUUCCCUCAGCAGGUCGACGCAAAGGUCUUGACAAGCUGAGAACAGUUAGGAUAAACAAUAGCCUACGGAGCCCACAAUAGGACAUGGAGAUGGAUGUAAGAUGGAAGAAAAAUUAUAUUGCAAUGUUUUUUCGUUCGCUCGCAAAACUUUUGCGCUCUUUCGCAAAAAAAGCAUUGCGUUCCCCUGAGAAAAUGUGCGUUUGCUCGCAAAAGUAUUGAAUUGGAGUGAAUUGCGGGCAAAUUGGGACACUUUUGAGAUGACUGGGGAAAAUGUUAUUCACCCCUGUAGUUUUUCUCCGACGUUGUUUUGUUUACAUCACGAAAGUUUUGCGAGCGAACACAAUUUCUCGAUGGAACGCAAACGUUUUUCCCCUCACCAUCACCAUGUCGCUCGAUACAGCAUGAUAGAAAGUGUUAGGACACUUUGGACAAAGUAAAUAUUGGUAUAUAUAUUACUUUAUGAGUAUCAAAUGUUAGUGGAACAUGUUCUUGGUUAAUGUGACAAACUACUACUGUGGUUUAUCUUCCAGAACAGCUGUUUGAACUUGAGAACUUAUUUCAUUCAUCCACUAAAAUGUUCCCGAGCAGGAUAAACAGCAAAGUUGUUAUAUAGCCUAUUUUGUUUAAAUGUCCCAUUUGAAUCUCAAAAUUUGCACUGUGGCAUAUUGAACCUGUUAGGUAAGUCACA